UACAUUUCCUGUCAGGAAUCACCGAGAAAUAUUUGUAAAGGGAUAACCGCUUUACAGUUCGUGCCGCUGUUGCAUCCCAGCAACAUCCGUUCUCCAGCAUUCAAAAAUGAUCUCGACUUGUAAAAUAGAACGUAUUUUCCACUGCUAUGUAAAUGCUGGUCGGGCCUCUGGUACCUUCUCGCGCCCUCUCUGCCCGAGAUGCGCGGGCUCCGGUCGCAGGUCCUUUGGGGCGGGCGCCUGGCGCGGAGAUGCCCAACUUCCCCACACCCACCUUGGCCCCGCCCCGUCCGCGCUCUACCAGGAGGGCUGGCCUCGGGGCCGCGCGCGCGUUCUCGCGUCCGUGCUCCGCGCGUGCUAGCUGGCCUUUUCCCUCCAGUCCAGCCCAGCCGGGGCGCCGCGAGGGGGCGGAGUGGGGUGUGGUGGGCGCGCUCGGGCGGCUCCUGCGCGUUCCCGCUGAGGCAGCGGCGGCGGGAGCGGCAGAGGCGGCGGCGGCGGCCCGAGUCCCGUUUCCGAGUCUCACAUCCGGGUUCUGGCCGUGACCCAGCCGCGGCCGCCGCGGAGAUGUGACCCGGCAGUACGGCAAAUAUGGCGGAGCCAUCUGUUGAGUCUUCAAGUCCAGGAGGUUCAGCAACAUCAGAUGACCAUGAAUUUGAUCCAUCAGCUGACAUGCUGGUUCAUGAUUUUGAUGAUGAACGAACAUUAGAAGAGGAAGAAAUGAUGGAAGGAGAAACAAACUUCAGUUCUGAAAUAGAGGAUCUUGCAAGGGAAGGCGACAUGCCAAUUCAUGAACUUCUCAGUCUUUAUGGUUAUGAUAGUACUGUUCGACUACCUGAAGAAGAUGAGGAGGAAGAAGAGGAGGGUGAAGAUGAUGAAGAUGCUGAUAAUGACGACAACAGUGGCUGCAGUGGGGAAAAUAAGGAAGAGAAUAUAAAGGAUUCAUCAGGUCAGGAGGAUGAAACUCAGUCUUCCAAUGAUGAUCCAUCACAAUCUGUUGCUUCUCAAGAUGCCCAGGAAAUAAUUCGCCCACGUCGAUGUAAAUAUUUUGAUACAAAUAGUGAAAUAGAAGAAGAAUCUGAAGAAGAUGAGGAUUAUAUUCCAUCAGAAGACUGGAAAAAAGAGAUUAUGGUGGGCUCCAUGUUUCAAGCAGAAAUUCCAGUUGGCAUUUGUAGAUACAAAGAAAAUGAAAAAGUAUAUGAAAAUGAUGAUCAGCUCCUGUGGGACCCUGAGUACCUACCAGAAGAUAAAGUGAUUGUAUUUCUUAAGGAUGCAUCUAGAAGAACGGGUGAUGAGAAAGGUGUAGAAGCAAUUCCUGAAGGAUCUCACAUAAAAGACAAUGAACAGGCUUUAUAUGAAUUGGUUAAAUGUAAUUUUGAUACAGAAGAAGCAUUGAGAAGAUUAAGAUUUAAUGUAAAAGCAGCUAGAGAGGAAUUAUCUGUUUGGACAGAGGAAGAAUGUAGAAAUUUUGAACAAGGGCUGAAGGCCUAUGGAAAAGAUUUUCAUUUGAUUCAGGCUAAUAAAGUACGAACAAGAUCAGUUGGUGAAUGUGUAGCAUUCUAUUACAUGUGGAAAAAAUCGGAACGUUAUGAUUUUUUUGCCCAGCAAACGCGAUUUGGAAAAAAGAAAUAUAACCUUCAUCCUGGUGUAACGGACUACAUGGAUCGGCUUCUGGAUGAAAGUGAAAGUGCUGCAUCAAGUCGAGCACCAUCCCCUCCCCCAAUUGCCUCAAACAGUAGUAACAGCCAGUCUGAGAAAGAAGAUGGCACUGUAAGCAAUAGUAACCAAAAUGGGGUGUCAUCUAAUGGACCAGGUGAAAUAUUAAACAAAGAAGAAAUAAAAGUUGAAGGAUUACAUGUCAAUGGACCAACAGGUGGAAAUAAGAAACCACUUCAUGCAGACAUGGAUACUAAUGGUUAUGAAACAGAUAACCUAACCACUGAUCCAAAACUUGCCCAUAUGACUGCAAGAAAUGAAAAUGAUUUGGAUGAAAAAAGUGAGAGACCUGCCAAAAGGCGAAGGGUAAACAGCAAUGGAAAAGAAAGUCCAGGUUCUUCUGAAUUUUUCCAAGAAGCAAUAUCACAUGGAAAAUUUGAAGAACUUGAAAACACAGAUGACUAAAUUUUAGGCCUAUUUUACUUUAUUUGGAAAAAUUCUGGUGUGACUAAAAUUUUCAGGGUUGAUGGGUUACCUUAAAAUUUUUUUAUUUCCUACAAGCAAUUGGUUAAAAUUUGAAAAUUUGAAUUGAAUCCUAACUUUUUAGGAAAUAAGAUUUUAUAAUUCUACCUUUUUCAAGAUCUUUUUCUUCACAACUAUCAGACCCUUUCAAGGAUAUAAAAAUAAUUUAGCAAAUUUGAAUGAAGUAAAGAUAUCAGUACCUUUUCAUUUGAUGUAUUAAUCAUAAAAUCUCACUACAAGGUAAUUUUUCUUUAGUUUCAUAUGGAGGAAUACCAGGAAAGAAAGGAAAAAAAUAAUAAGUUUAGAGUUCUGCUUAACAUCAAUUUUUCUGAGUUUCUUGAAAUAUCCUUAUAACAGGCAUUGUUUCUCCAUAUAAAUUGAGUAUCAUUAUUAAGGGAACCCUUAUGAAUCCUGAAAGUUAUGCUAGCAUGAUUUUUUUAUAUAUAGAAGUUUAAAAUAAACCAAGUCAGGUUUGUAUAUGUAAAAUUGUUGACAUCAAUGAUGUCUUUCCAUAUUCUUAUCUGGGCUUAAGAAAUACAUUCUGUAUUUUUCCAGAUUCUUUGUAGCCUUUGAAAGAUUUUUACAGUACAUAUGUCUUGACUGAGCUGUCCUUUCUUAAUACAAAAAAGCUUGUAUAAUUUUCUUAACUUGUACAGUUGGUAAACUUUUAUGAGAGGAAUUGAUAUCCUGAGUCUGUCAGCUUUCAUUUUAUUUUGCUGAGGUUUUUCUAAUGAAUUUUUAAGUGUUUAUGUAGUUAACUAAGUCCUGUUUCUUAUCCAGGUGGCAAAAGCCUUCAUUAAGAAUAGUGAAAAUUUGUUUUUUUUUUUCAAAUUUCUUCUAUGGACAAAUAAUUUGAGAAUUCUGAAAUUAAGCAUGAUGCUUAGAUUGCACAGUUUGUUUUUUAUUUGCUAUAAUUUUCAAAGUUAUUUUUUAAGUAAAACAAAGGUUUAAUGUCAGCUUAAAUGUGUCAUGCUGACUAGACUCCUGUUUAGUUAUUUUUAUAUGCAUUAUAAAGUUUCCCGGUUUUGCAUUAAAUCAAUAGAGGGGAAAAGGUUAAGUGAUAUUAAUAUAUUGGCACACAAGGAGUAACUGUUGAUAGGCAACAGUAUUGAUUUUAUGAGAAAAAUGAUGGAGUUUGAAGAGUUUUCAGACCUUUGCAAUAUAAGCCAGUUUCCAGAUAAUGUUUUUCCAGAAUGAAAAUAAGAUAUAUAGAUAAAACCAUUUCUCUGUGUGAUGACAAAUGGGAUUAUCCAUCUGCAUAGUCAUGUAAGGGUGCCAUUUUAUUUUUAGUGCAAAAUUCUUGUUAAGAAAAUGUAGUUUUAUACAGCUAAUAGACCAACCUAUAUCCAGACUUUUAUAAAAGAUUAUUAACUAUUCUUUUCUCACACAGACAUAUCCCCAAAUGCUUCUUCCAGUUCAUUUUUAGCCAUCAGUUCAAGAAGCCAAUGCCUUUUAAAAAUAAAUCUUCAGUAGUCUUCUUUUUAAUGACUCAAUUGUCUAAUGCAACUGAGUAGAGGUUUGCACUGAGAAAUUGUCAUUUAGGCCUUAUCCCCCCCACAAAGUAUUAGUAACAUUUGUUCAUACUGCUUCCUUUCACCAAUAUGAACAACUUUUUUCCCCAAACAGUGUUUAAAGCCACUUUACAACACUUGAUGUCAUAUAAUGUACAUUCACUGUUGUUACAUAAAUAUACAAGUAAAUCAAGUUUUGGGUAGAAGUGUCAAGAAGCAAUGAAUUUUUUGUUGUUUUUGUUUGUUUUACCUAAAACAUUAAUUUAUCCAGAAUGAUGGUAGUUUUAGCAGAUGGUCACAAUCCAUUUUUAAACCAGAUUUUAUGAAAUGAAUCCAAAGCCUCCUAGCUCUUCGUCAAAGAUGGUCUUUAGAAUAGCAAUGCUGUGCUUUUUUAAAUGGUUGCAAUAUUAAGAUGCCGUUUUCACCUUUUUUAAAAGAUACAUUUUGUUUGCUGGUUUGUGAAGUUCUUACAAACUUAUUAUAGGAAUGUUUUAAGUAAAUUCUCAGGCAUGAUUACAAAUGCGGCACAUGUAUAAAUGUUAGGAAAAUUUUACUUUUCUUGUCUUUUUAAAAUAUGCAUAAUGAACAUUCCACUAUUAUAAUACAUAAUGUUCAGCUUUUAUUAAAUAUUUAAUUGUAUUUUGUGUUUAUACAGGCAUUUCACACUUCUUCAUAACACAGCCACUAUAAUUUGAUAAGUCAUUGCACUAUUUAAAAAUUUUUUAGUAAUAUCAUGAAUUUAAUUUGCUUAAGAUUUAGUACAUUUCAUAACUCUUGAACUCUCUGACAAACUGCAUUGGGAAAAGAAGCCUUUGUUAGUAGUUACUUAUCUCCCUACCCCACUCCCACCCCAGCAAAGCACUAUCAUUUUCGUUUGGUAUUGUUUUAUGAUGUUUUCAGAUAGAGUUCAGAAUCUGCAACUCAGUUCAACACAAAUAUGUUGAGCUUUAAAAUGUAUCUGAAGUAAUAUUUAAAUAGGCAUUUAAAAUUAUGAAUUAGAUGUUUUUAAAUUUAUGCAUAGUAAUUUUGCACUGUAAAAUAUUUACCUUCUCCCAUUCCCUUCUGUCAUUUCUGAAUAUGCUUAUUAAAAUAUUUUUUUAACAUA